GCAAUUACUGAUUGUAGACUUUAGGGACAUAAUAGCAUAAAUAAAAACUCCCUGCCUUCUUGGAGCUUAUAUUCUUAUAUGGAGCUUAUCACCAUAAUAAAUAGGAUGGCACAACACAUUGCAGAAUAUUAUAAGUGAAACAAUUAUGAAAACUUCUACAUUAUGGACACUUAUUUCCUUUUGAAGAAAAUCAGAAGCACAGUGUAUUGUAUAUGAUGCAUGUUAUAUGAUUGUUUCUGAACUCUGGAUAGUGCAUCAAUAAAGAUAUUAAUUGCUGGCUAUAUUACAUAUAUGUUAGCUAACACAACAGUUACUUGUGUGGUGCUGGGUUUGGUAAUAAAAUUGAGAAGUCUUUUUAUUUUAUUUCAAAUAUGUACUCACUCUAUAGUACUUGAUGUCCCAGGCAUUUUGUUAACUCUAUAUAUGUUAUUUUAUUUCACUCUCAAAAUAGCCCAUGAGAUACAGGCACAAUUUAUUUUACUUAAAAAACAAAAACAAAAACAAGUUUUCAGAAGAUCCCUAAAGGAAAUUUAACUGUACAAACCAGCCAAUUCAGAAAUGAGGCAUUUGUCUCAGAAAUAAUUUCUAGGUUAAGUGAUCUUAAGAUACUUAAUCUAUUCUGAAAAUAGGUAUUUUAAAACCAAUUUCUUGUAAAAUUGCGUUCAUUAUUGGUGAAUAAGAAGUGUUUUAGAUUUCAUUUAUUUCGACACCACAUUGUAAGCCUUGCUAACAGGUGUUUCCACACCUAAUCUAAGUGCUUAUUUUACAUUUAACUUUAAAUUCUGCCUUACAGUUGCCAUUUAGCACAUUUAGAUGAUGAGGUCUAUAUUCUUAAAGUAUUGUGUAGUCAAAGCAAAGAAACUUUAAUGUUACAAUAAAUGCCAUCACUCUGCCAGUUGGCUUCUGUUUGGCAAGACAUCAAGAAAUAAAACAAAGUAUGAGACUAGUGUAUUUUGUAACGAAAUGAAGGAAAAAGAACCGAAACCAUAAAAACAUAGGACUAAAGGAGACAGAAAUUCCCACCUUCUGUUAGAAAUUGGGAGUAUAAUGUGUUACAAUAGAACACGGAAAUUUAACAGAGGCUCAUAGUAAACGGAAUAGAGUGGAGUUAAGAAUAAAAUGGAGUUAGGUUUAAAGUUGAUUCAGACAUUAAAAAAAAAAAAAGUAAAAGUAAAUUUAAACCUGGCAGUGGUAGGUUCUUAUUUCCGCCCCCUCUUCAGGAAUGCUAUUUGAACCCCCUCGUGCCUGCAGGACCCUUUGUCAGCUGGGGCCUGAAAAGAGCGGAACGAAAGGCGGACGGUUUUCGGUUGCUGGGGCGGAAGUGGCCCAGAUCUGUCCGUCCUUGCAAGUUUCCCCCAAGGCUGGGACCUAGACAUGCGCCAACUCGUGUUCUCUGGCACCGUAGUAGUGGUCGUCGCUGGCCCGAGUUAGAAGCCAACAGUGAAUUCUUCGUGCCUCAGAUUGGUUGACCUACAAGAUGCUUCGAUACCCAUAUUUUUGUAAAAUCUAUAAAGAAUUUCUAUCAUGCUGGUUGGAAUCUGGCAUAUUUAAUUUAGGUAUCUGGCCAAAAAAAAUACAUGCUACAACAGAAAGAUGUAAUGAAUAUGAAGCCCAGGAGCAAACAGAUCAAACUGGAGCUCAGGAGUUACAUAGAUCUCAAAAUGGAGAUUUUGAAGCUAUGACUAAAUUACAUAUCCCAGUAAUGGUGGAUGAAGUUGUUCGUUGUUUGGCACCACAAAAAGGCCAGAUUUUUCUAGAUAUGACAUUUGGUUCCGGAGGACACACAAGAGCCAUUCUACAGAAGGAGUCAGAUAUUACUCUGUAUGCCUUAGACAGAGACCCGACAGCUUAUGCAAUAGCUGAACAGCUUUCAGAAUUCUAUCCUAAACAGAUCCGAGCUAUGCUAGGCCAGUUCAGCCAGGCAGAAGCCUUAUUAAUGAAAGCUGGAGUGCAGCCAGGGACUUUGGAUGGAGUUCUUUUGGAUCUUGGGUGUUCCUCCAUGCAACUUGAUGCUCCUGAAAGAGGUUUUUCCCUUCGGAAGGACGGCCCCUUGGACAUGAGAAUGGAUGGUGGCAGGUACCCUGACAUGCCCACCGCAGCUGAUGUUGUGAACGCUUUAGAUCAACAGGCACUUGCCUCCAUCCUGAGAACAUACGGGGAGGAGAAGCAUGCCAAGAAAAUCGCUUCAGCAAUCGUUCAGGCUCGCAGCCUCUACCCCAUCUCCAGAACCCAGCAGCUUGCCAGCAUCGUUGCAGGUGCAUUUCCUCCAUCUGCUAUUUUUGCACGAAAAGACUUGCUACAACGAUCUACCCAUAUUGCUACCAAGACUUUCCAAGCUUUUCGAAUAUUUGUAAAUAAUGAGCUCAAUGAACUUUACAUAGGAUUGAAGACAGCUCAGAAGUUUCUGAGACCUGGUGGUCGCCUUGUUGCCCUCUCCUUCCAUUCACUAGAGGAUCGCAUUGUCAAACGAUUCUUGCUUGGGAUAAGCAUGACAGAAAGGUUUAACCUAAGUGCCAGACAGAAGGUGAUACAAGCAUCACAAUUAGGUUCAAGUUAUGAAAACAAGGAAGGAGACUCUAUAAGCAGAGCCCCUUUAAUGUGGGAAUUGAUACACAAGAAAGUACUUACUCCAGAAGAUCAGGAUGUACAGGAUAACCCCAGAGCACGCUCAGCCAAGCUUAGAGCAGCCAUCAAAUUAUGAUAAAGAAAGUUUUCAUCAUGUGGUCCUUCAAGUUUUCCCUCAGAGUUUCUCUUCUUUUAUUGGAUAUUCCUGAAUAACUUAAUAGAAGGAAGUAUGGGAUCUAUAGAGAAACAUGUACUAUAUAUGUGUGGAAAUUUAGGGUAUUUACCAUUUUUUGUCUUAGAAAGAAAAUCUCAGAAAUACUAGCAUGACACAGAAGGUUCAACUCAAGGAGAAGCAGCAUCCCAAAACUGGAAAAAUGUCUCUAUCUGAGCAUUAUAUUUGACUUUUGAAAUGUAGUCCUUUCCCUAAUCAUGGAAAAUUUUUAAAAAGAAGAAUACUAUGUGUAUUUAUUUAAGUAUGAACACUCAAACUGUCGGAAGAUAGAGAUUAUAAUUGUAUCUGUAUUUUCUGAGUUCUGAAUUUAGAUAUUCAGAUUUGCAACAAACUUUCUAUGGGUCAAGUAAUAAAUAAUAAGUAAGUAAAGAUAAUCAAAGAAAUUUUCAUUUCUAUUUAGGAGUAAUUAAUUAGUAAGUACCAUAGUCUUCUCAAAUACAGGUAUUAUGUAAAUUUUAAAUUUUCAAGUAUUAUUUUUAAAAUGCAUCAUACUGAGAAAUGUCACUUUUGAAAUUACAGAGUUCAUUGUUUUAAAGCAAUUUUGCAAUAUGAUAUGUACUAUAUUUUUAUAUAUUAUAAAGUAAAAAUGCAAAAUUGUUCAAUAGCCCUCAUAGAGAAUGUUUCAUAAAACUAAUAUUUAAAGUCAAUUAUAUUUUAAUAAUAUCCCAGAAUGUCUUUGACAAAUAAUAAAAUCUGUCAUCAUUUGAAUCUGGCAUUUUUUAAUUGAGCUAUUCAAAAUAAUUCAACCAAGUCUAUUGCAAUAAAAUAUAGGGCAGAUUAAAGAUAUUAAAAUGAAUGUGCCCUUUGCCUGGGUGGCUCAUUUGGUUAAGUGUCUUGACUUCAGCUCAGGUCAUGAUCUCAUGUUUUGUGAUUUCGAGCCUGGAAGCGGGCGCUAUGCUGACGGCUCGGAGCCUGGAGCCUGCUUCAGGUUCUGUGUCUCCCUCUUUCUCUGCCCUUCCCCCUCUCACACUCUGUCCCUCUCUCUCAAGAAUGAAUAGACAUUAAAAAAAAAAAAAAGUUUAAAAUGAAUGUGCCCUUUAAUGUUUUUAUUUACCCAACAGUACUGUAAUAGUAAAAUGUUUUUUCAGGAGACGUUCACUUGGUAGAGGAUUCUUAAUGACAUUGAUUCAUAAUUCACGUAUAAACUUUUUAUAUAUAAAUAAACAUUUCUAUUUUUUUUUUUUAAUUAUUCAGCAAGCACUGAACUAGGCAGAGAAAUAAAGGUGAGUAAAAUAUGUCACAGUAUCUGGCCUGUAGAGUUUAGAGUCUAGUGGAGAAGAGUGAUGGUAGUUAAAUAAUCACAAAAGUCAAUGUAAAAUUAACACAGUGGUAAAAGCUACAAAGAAGCAAUACAGGGAUACGAACAUCUAGUAGGGAUUUCAUUUACUGAAGGAAACCAGGCCUGACAAGGUGAUGCUUGAAUUAUGACUUGAAGGAUGAAUGAGAGAUAUAGUCAAAGGGUACGUUGGCAUGUUGAAUAAAGGUGUAUAUAAAUGAUUGCUUUCUUAAGUAGUUCCUGAUAUCAUAUUUAUACUACUAAUAUGCUUAGUAAACUAUUCAAAUACAGGGAAAAUUCAUUCUCUCCACUAUGAUGACAUUCUGAAUUGGUGAGUACAAGUGAAUAAAAUAUUAACAUAACUAUGGGCAAAAGAUAAGAAUUAAAUACUUUAAUUCUCCUUAGAUUUACUUUAUCUACCUCUGUGAUAUUUAACUUUAGUUCUCAAGCUUGUGCGCCACUUUUACUUUAUUUUUUAAAUUUUAUUUAUUUAUUUUGAGAGAGAGAGAGAGCACAGUGGGAUAGGAGCAGAGAGAAGGAAAGACAGAUUUCCAAGAAGGCUCUGUGCCAUCAGCACAAAGCCCGAUGCAGGACUUGAACUCACGAACUGUGAGAUCAUGACCUGAGCCAAGAUCAAGAGUUGGAUGCUUAACUGAUUAGCUCACCCAUGUGCCCCACAACUUUUACUGUAUAGGCUGUAUUCAAGUCUGAGCAAGUCUGCAGUGAAAGUAAUUUCUAGUUAUGCAGAAUUAGAAAAUAUUCUAGGGAGCAGUGUCCUCAAUUUAGAAAGAAAUGAAUGCACCCAAGUUAAUCUGCUAAUCUUUUCUGAAAAAAAAAUGUUUUGCAUGUAAGUCAUAUUUGUGAAUGAGAAAAUUCCAAAAGGUGAAUACCUGUAUGAGUAUCUGAUUGGAAAAUAGGAGAUCACACUCAUAUAUAACAAUGAUUCACUUAUUCAUCAUUUUUGGAUCCUGUAUAGUAUGGGAAUUUUUUCUUUAACAUUGAAUGGAAAGUAACUGCACUGGAUUGAAUAGUGUUUCCGCUCCAAAAUUCAUGUCCUUCUCAGAACAUCAGAAUAUGACCUUAUUUGGCACUGUGGUCACUACAGAUGUAAGUACUUAAGGUGAGGUCAUACUGGAGCAGAGCAGGCCCUUAAUCCAAUAUGUAUGGUAUCCUUCUAAGAAGAGAAGAAAGACAGAGAGGGAAGAAUGUCACAUGAAGAUAAAAGCAGAGAUCAGAAUGAUACAUCUACAAGCCAAAGGACACCAAGGAUUGCUGGCAACCAUUAGUACCUAAGAGAAGCAUGGACGGGAUUCUCCCUCAGUCUGAAGUGGGAGCCAACAAUUUUGCUGACACCUUUAUUUCAGACCUUCAGACUCCAGAACCACGAGACAAUAUGUUUCUGUUGUUCAGAGCCACCUAAUGUGUGGUAAUUUGUUACAGCAGCCCUGGGAAGCUAAUACCGUGAUAGAAAAAAAUCUUGAAUAGAAAUCCUUUCUUCGAUAAAUACCAAAUUAGUUUCAAAUGUUGUAGUGUAAAAAUAUAUGUUAUUUUCUGUAUCUAGGCUGUUUGCCACAAUCAUUCUUGCCUGGUUCUUAGUCUUUGCUGUAGGAUGUAUAAUAAAAUACAUGAAUGAGUUUAUGCUGGAAAAUGUUUUUGUGAAAUUCAAACAGUACAUACAGAAAAUAAACACUGGUCUUAAAAAUGAAUGUGUAUUUCUUUUCUAAUCAAAUAUAAUGAAUAUAAAACAAGUGUCUUACGUUUCUGAAUCUCUUCUUGACUGCUUUCUACUAAUCAUUUUAAUAUAGCAUCAAUACCACUGUGUAGUACAUCAGUUCUUAAGAGGUUUUAGUUCGUUGCUUAUUAAGAAAUUAAAUUUAAUAACAGCACACAAUUUUUAGUUGAUAUCUCUAUUUUGUAUAUUCAUUUUGUUUUAAGUACUGUAUAUUAGUUAUUAUAUAAUCUUCUCUUUGGAGUUUCUAGGGUCAUUUGAGAGACAUGAAUCAUUUGAGAGACAUCCUUUCUAUUUCAUGUAAUAUAUGAUACAUGAUUUGUGCUUAAAGUCAUUUUUAUUGAAGUAUUUAUUAUGUUACAACCAAUAGUUCAUGAGAGAAUCCAAUACGCCUAAGUAGGUUUUUUAUAUCUCUUAAAAUUCACUUGUGAGCAUUUGAAAAUCAUAUUUUCUUUAGUCUAUGCAAAGUAAUAAAUGUUCAGAGGUUUAUAAAAUUCUUUUUUCUGAUUUUUGUUUUUAAAUAAGCAGAAAUAAUGAUGCAUCUACACUGCAGACUUCUAAACAAAAGCAAUUUUAAUUUCAUUUUAAAUCUCUCAUUCAAAAAGUAAGAGAUAAUUCUUAAUGGAAAAUUCAAUGUACAUAUAAAUGUACAAAUAAAAAUCUGUAUCAGCACUUUUAUUCUGUUAAAAUGUAUAUGUAUAUUUCUUACAUAGUAUGUAUUAAAAGCUGACUAUUUGGGGGCACCCUGCUGGCUCAUUUGGAAGAGCAUGCGGCUCUUGAUUGUUGAUCUUGGGGUUGUGAGUUUGAGCCUCACAUUGGGUGCAGCAGAGAUUACUUAAAUAAAUAAUUUUUUAAGCUAUUUAGGAAGAAAUCAAAACAAUUCUCACUUCUCUUUUAUAGUUUUAUUUUACACUGUAUUAUCCAUUAAAUUAAUAAAUUUAAGGUGAUAUUUCUUUUAUUUUUUUUAAUUGAAGUGUAGUUAACAUAAAUGUUAUAUUAAUUUCAGGUUUACCACAUAGUGAUUCAGCAAUUCUAUACAUUAUGCUUGCUCACCACAGUAAGUAUAGUUACUAUCUGUCACCUUACAACACUAUUGUAAUAUUAUGGACUAUAUUUCCUACACUAUACUUUUCAUUCCUGUGAUUUACUUAUUUUAUAACUUUAAGUCUGUACCUCUUAAUUCCCUUUACCUUAAUUGCCUACCCUCUGGAAGUCACCUAAUUUGUUGUCUGUAUUUAUGAUUCUGUUUCUGCAUUUGUUGUUGCUUUGGUUGUUCUUUGGUUGGUUUUUGGAUUCCACAUAAAAGCAAAAUUAUAUGUUAUUUGUAUUUGGCUUAUUUCACUUAGAAUAAUACCCUCUAAUUCCAACCAUAUUUUCAGAAAUGGCAACAUUUCACUUAUUCAUGGCUGAGUAAUAUUCCAUUGUAUGUAUAUAUCAUAUCUUCUUUAUCCAUUUAUGUAUUGAUGGACACUUUGGUUGCUUCCAUAACUUGGCUAUUGUGAAUAAUGCUGCUAUAAACAUAGGUGUGCAUAUAUAUCAUCUUGAGUUAGUCUUUUCAUUUUGAGGGGGUAAAUACCCAGUCGUGGAAUUACUGGGUUGUGUGGCAUUUCUAUUUUAAUUUUUUGAAGAAACUCCAUACUAUUUACCAUAGUGUUUAUACCAAUUUACAUUCCCACCAGCUGUUCAUGGGUUGUUUUUUUUUUCUCCACAUCCUUACCAACAGUUAUUUCUUGUCUUUUUGAUACUAGACAUUCUGACAGGUAUAAGGUGAUAGCUCAUGGUGAUUUUGAUUUGCAUUUCCCUAAUGAUUAGUGAUGUGGAGCAUUUUUUCUUGUGUC